AUGUCCUUCAUCCACGCUGGACUCACUCAAGAUUCCCCCAGAUCUUCACUGACUGUGACUCCAGACAGUCCUGUAUUCACUGGAGAGACAGUCAAUCUGAAGUGUGUGAUUGAGUCUCACAGUAACUGGAGAUAUGAGUGGUAUAAAGACACAGACAGUGUAAUGUUACAGACGUCUGGUCGUUACACUGUAAACAGAGACACUCUCACUAUCAGAGGAGUAAUUACAUCUGAUCAGGGUCAGUACUGGUGUAGAGGACAGAGAGAUCAGAGACCAAACUCAUCACAAUCAAGCUCUGCUGUUUCUCUCUCAGUGAUGGAUAAACCGAAGCUGACUCUGACUGUAAAACCCCAGAGUUCAGUGUUCACUGGAGACACAGUUACUCUGAGCUGUGAUGUGGGACAGUUAACUGGAUGGACAAUUCACUGGAGAAAAGACUCAAACCCUGAAUCCACGACUGAUGCAACUAAAACAAUCAAGUCUGUGAGAGACUCUGAUGAAGGAGAAUACAGGUGCAGCGCACGACGAGGAAACUACUACAGCGAGUUCAGUAAUACAGUUAAGAUUACAGUAACAGUGAGACCCAAACCUGUAGUUGGUGUUGAUCCUGAUAGACGUGUGUUCAGAGGAGAGACGGUCACUCUCACAUGUGACAUACAGCAGACAGGAGUCUGGCAGUACAGCUGGUAUAAAGACAACAAACAAGAUUAUAUCAUAGGACGAGACCAGAACUAUAAAAUCCCAUCUGUUGAUCCGUCUCAUAGUGGACAGAUGCUGUGA